AAGUGUAACCAGAGGUAUUCGGCCACCAAUUAUCGGAAACUUCCUUCAGAAAGGCUACUCAAGAAAUCCAAGCUUUAUCUGAUAGAUAUUGUUAUCAUGGGAAGAACUAAAAGUAGAGCUGUGAGCGUGACCGGGAAGGGAAAACAGAGGCAGAAGCAGGAGGAGGAGGAUGAGCUGAAGAAGAGAAGAAGUGCAAGGGUAGUGCGCGGGAGCGAAGAUGAAACGGACGAUAAAGAUAAAAUAGGGGAGAUACGGAAAGAUAAAGAGAAAGAAGAAAAAGGAGAGAAAAAACAGAAACCGAACCAGAGAGUACCCGGAUGUGGUGUUUACAGUCCAAAUCGACUUCGCAAGGAGAUGCCCACUUUCUUCGUGGAAAACUACCUUGAUCAGUUCACGAAGUGCGCACCAUCAGAGCGAGAUGUCUGGAAAUAUAUGCAUCUCGUAAUCAUGUGGAGAACCAACAAUCAUUGGCCAAAGCAAAAACCAAAUGUUGCGGGGUUGGUGGAGUUACUGGAACGUUGUGAGGACUUGCAAGACCUGCAUGAUCGUUACGUGGAGGGUGAAAAGAGCGACAAUGAGGCUAAAGGCAGGAAGAGUCAACCAUUACCUACUUUCGAGGAGUUGAAAAAGCGAAAUAGCAACGAUACAGACAAUAAAGAUGGGGAAUUCGUGGGCCGGGGUUCUCGGGGUGCUCAGGCUCAUGCGGACGCAGAAGCAGGGGAGUCAUCGAAUACUAGCGAGGAUGAGGAAAUUGAGGUAAACAACGAGAGGGUAUUGAACAGGGGUGUGGUAUAUUAUAACAGUAGAGGAAUUCCACCUCAAGCACCCGGUCCGUCAGAAUUCACUCCCAUCAACAGAGCAAGAGGCUCUAGAUCUCGUGCAAGAAAGGCAGAUACAUCCAGUGAUCCAUUGGUAUGUUCCUCGGACUCCCGUUACAGGAAAGAACUCAACGAACUUCUAGGAAACCGGGUUUUCCCAGUAGCCGUAGCUGAUCUUCGUGAGAAGUGGAAAGAUGGUCAAAAAACAAAGGGCGGACUCGUGUCUAUUGAAGGAGAGUGUAGCGUGCUAACCUUUUGUCCGUUUCGAAUCGACGAUCCCGAAUCUUUGCAUAUCAUUGAAGAGGCGGUGCUGGACAACGAAAAUCUCAGAGAUGUCAACAUAGACGUUAGACCUCUGAAGGACGAGAGAGAUGUGUACACAGGUUUUCUAGCGAGAAGGAAAUGA